GAGGAGAUCAGAUCGGAGAGCCCAGAAAGAAAAUAAAAACUCGAAGAGAUCUCCGUAUCUGUUCCCCUCUCUCCCUCCCUCUGCCACCAACCAUCUGCCUUCGCGACGAGGCAACCCGCCGGCCGGAGAGACGAAGAAGGAGAGCGAAGAAGAUGUCGUCGGUGUUCAGCGGCGAUGAGACGGCGCCCUUCUUCGGCUUCCUCGGCGCCGCCGCCGCCCUCGUCUUCUCAUGCAUGGGGGCGGCGUACGGGACGGCGAAGAGCGGGGUCGGGGUGGCGUCGAUGGGGGUGAUGCGGCCGGAGCUGGUGAUGAAGUCCAUCGUGCCCGUCGUCAUGGCGGGGGUGCUCGGGAUCUACGGCCUCAUCAUCGCUGUCAUCAUCAGCACCGGGAUCAACCCCAAGGCCAAGCCGUACUACCUCUUCGACGGCUACGCGCACCUCUCCUCGGGCCUCGCAUGCGGCCUCGCGGGCCUCGCCGCCGGCAUGGCCAUCGGCAUCGUCGGCGACGCCGGUGUCAGGGCAAACGCACAACAACCAAAGCUGUUUGUGGGCAUGAUCCUCAUCCUCAUUUUCGCAGAAGCGCUGGCCCUCUAUGGCCUCAUCGUGGGCAUCAUCCUCUCAUCCCGUGCCGGCCAGUCCCGCGCAGAUUAGAAACCUUCCUCUACCGUUCCACGGUCACCCCGCAGGCUACAUUCUUGAAAAAAAGUGAAACUUCGAAAAGUUCUGGUUUUGAUGUAUUAAGGAGGAGAGAUUUGUAGGUUAAAGGAAGGUGGCACUUCCAGUACUAUUUUCUUCCUGUUUUGGAUCCUGGUGGUCCCUUGCUGUUCAUGCAGAGGAUUUUGGUGGAAUAAGAACAUGGCGUUGUAGCUAAAUAAGAAUACUAUGGUAUAUUAUGUUCAUCACUUCUUCCUACUCUUAUGUCUGGGAAACAAAAGAAGAAUACUAUGGUAUAUUAUGUUCA